UGACACGUUCUUGGGUGCUCACUCGGUCCUCUACUUCCCAAAGACCCAGGCUUCUGUAAGGGCAGCGGAUUAACCCCUCUUUUCCCUGGAGGACCAACUCCUGUGGGCUCAGGGGAACAAUGGAAACCUUAGGGUUUCUGAAAUUGGAAGCGAGUGGUCCCAUGGUGACACUGGCCCUGUCUGUGGUUCUCUUGGCUCUGCUGAAAUGGUAUUCCACAUCAGCAUUCUCAAGACUGGAGAAGUUGGGCAUCAGACAUCCCAAGCCAUCUCCUUUCAUUGGAAACCUGAUGUUUUUCCACCAGGGUUUUUGGGAAAGCCAAAUGGAACUCAGGAAACGAUUUGGGCGUCUGUGUGGGUACUAUCUUGGUCGUCAGAUGUAUAUUGUCAUCUCUGAGCCGGACAUGAUCAAGCAAGUGCUGGUUGAGAACUUCAGUAACUUUACCAACAGAAUGGUGUCAGGUUUGGAGCCCAAGCCAGUAGCCAACAGCAUCCUAUUCUUACGUGGGAAGAGAUGGGAAGAGGUCAGAGGAGUCCUGACUUCUGCUUUCAGUCCUGAGAAGCUGAACGAGAUGACGCCCCUCAUCAGCCAAGCCUGUCAUCUUCUCCUGGCUCAUUUGAAACGCUGCGCAGAUUCGAGGGACGCCUGCGACAUGCAGAGGAGCUACUGCUGUUACACCACAGAUGUGGUAGCCAGUGUCGCCUUUGGCACCCAGGUGGACUCCCAGACAGCUGCCCAGGACCCCUUUGUGAGCCACUGCCAGCGGUUCUUCUCCUUCCGCAUCCCCAGGCCUCUCUUGGUUUGCAUCUUAUCAUUUCCAUCCAUAAUGAUCCCACUGGCCCGGAUUUUGCCCAAUAAGAACCAAGAUGAACUGAAUGGCUUUUUUAACAAAGUCAUUAGGAAUGUGAUUGCCUUGCGGGACCAGCAAGCAGCAGAAGAGAGGCGGAGAGAUUUCCUCCAAAUGGUUCUGGACGCCCGAUAUUCCAAGAGUGCUGUCGGCCUGGAGAACUUUGACCUUGUCAAAGAAGUCCUGUCUACGAAGGGCACAGAGGACCCUCGCCAGAAACACCAACGCAGAGCCCCAGCCCAGCCUCUGAGUGUGGACGAGAUCGUGGGCCAGGCCUUCCUCUUCCUCAUUGCAGGCCACCAAAUCAUCACCAGCACGCUCUCCUUCACCACCUACCUGCUAGCCACCAACCCUGACUGCCAGGAGAAGCUUCUGAGAGAGGUGGACCUGUUCAAGGAGAAGCAGCCGGACCCUGACUACUGCAGCCUGCAGGAAGGCCUACCCUACCUGGACAUGGUGAUUGCAGAGACCCUAAGGAUGUACCCACCGGCUUUCAGGUUCACUCGAGAGGCUGCGCAGGACUGCGAGGUGCUGGGCCAGCGCAUACCCGCAGGAGCCGUGCUGGAGAUGGCUGUGGGUGCUCUGCACCGCGACCCCGAAUACUGGCCACACCCUGAGGUCUUCAACCCUGAAAGGUUCAGCACAGAGGCCCGCCAGCAGCAGCAGCCCUUCACAUACCUGCCCUUUGGAGCUGGCCCCCGGAGCUGCCUUGGAGUGUGGCUGGGACUGAUGGUGACCAAGCUAACACUGUUCCACAUCCUGUGCCGCUUCCGCUUCGAAGCCUGCCCUGAAACUCAGGUGCCACUGCAGCUAGAAUCCAAAUCUGCCCUCAGUCCAAAAAAUGGAGUCUUCAUCAAGAUUGUGUCCCGCUGAUGUGAGUCAUCUUGGAGAAGGGAGUGUCACUUAAUGAUACCUGCAAGUUGGAGUUAUGAGGGCUCCCCUACAUUUUAAGAAAACCUUCCUGUAGAAACACCAAUGUUUAAAGAAACAUCACUGGGGUGGUUGAGAGGGUGCCUGGCAUGUAAGCAUAGCGAGGUUACUUACCUGAUCCUCCAUUUUUAAUAAAUGUUGGCUGCACUUGG